UAUCUUGUGUCUUAUGAUAGGAGUAAUUGCUGGACCUUGCUAUUUCGUUAUCCAAUGCUUUGGUCCAGUUUUUAUGAGUGCCAACGUUGCAGAUCGUGGAGAAAGCUCUCAAAACAAUGAAAACAAGCCUCAUAUUUCAAGUUCUGCCAAAGUGGAUAACAGUAAGCGUUCAGAAAGAAUCAUGAGAUGGAGCUCGCAACACAAUUCGAUGAUACCCAUUUUGAAAUUUUAUAAGGAUGGAGAACGAAAAUACGGUCAUUGGGAAGAAAAGAAGGAAAGAAAUAUUGUGUCAAUAUGUGAUGGUGUCUUGAAGCAUGCAACAGCCUCAUAUAGACUUGAAGUUAGCCGUGAUAAUGGUCUAGUUGAGAGUUUUUCUUCCAUCUGCCAAGAAGCUCCAUAUGGUCUGCCAAAUGAAGUGUUAUUAUGCAUAGAAGAACUGUUUGAUUCUUGUAUAGCCUUUAUCCACAAAUGGCUUCUAAAUGGUUACACUAGUAUACUGAGCAAUGACUGUCCAUACGUGAAAAAGCUGCCAAUCUAUCGGUUUCCUUCAAUAGUUUCUUCUUACAUUAGAAUUGUUUACGCGGCAGCAUUUUCGUCGGGCUCUAUGAUUGAGCAUUUGGCGUAUUUUUUGGACGAGCGCUGUCUUCAUUUCUUAGUCAGGACGUUUUCUCGAUUCGUAGAGUGGGAAGACUAUGAAAUGGAGCGUGCAUUUCUUACAGCAUUGGCCGAUUAUUUAUGGAUGUUGUUUGUUCUUGUAUCGAGGAACGAAGGACUGAUGCCUGAAAAUUUCUCAAGUAGACAGCGAAUCUUUGAAUGUAAUAAGUAUCCACAAUGGAAAUUUCAGGCAAAGCAGCUCAUAGAGGUAUUCUUUGAGAAAGAAGAACUGCACAGUCCCGUUAUCGCUUAUUUCAAAAGCUUCAAAGCAAGGAAAGGACAUUCUCGUCCAUUCCUAGAUUUAUGCGUACAACUUUUAUCUACUUUGAUUGGAUUGCAUCAAGUAUUAGAGCAAGUUUCGGGAGGUAAUCUGAGUGUGGAAAGGACAAAACGGAAACGGCGGAAACAAGCUAAUAACGAUGAGGAAUUGUCCGCUGUACGGAAUAUGGAAAGUCAUGCCAAAAAAGUAGUCCAUCGACCUUCUGACCUUUUAAUGACUCCUUUGAUACGUUCACAAACGUUCGAACUUCUGUUAUUACCAUUUCACAAUAUAUUGUCAAACCAUUUCGUAUCUGAGGCAAAGAAUGUGGCUAUUCAUAAAUCACUUUCCAUAUUAUGCAGAUUAUGUUACAUGGCAUUGAAAAGAUUAUGGAAAAUAGCGUGUUCUCGUAAAUUGAGGCCUCAGCUUUAUUCUGCUACUUUCAUCGCUUUCUUUUACGCCUUGACUUUGCCAGAAGCAGAGCUACGUUUUAGUAUCGUUUUCAAAGAUCAUGGUGAAUUUCUUUCGGGUCUAAGAAGUUUGUCGAAAGAUAUAUCUGAUUCUUUUGUCGAAACUUUUCGUCAAAACAUUGUAGUUGCGGUAGAUGCAUUAUUUCCAAUGAACUCAGCAACAUGUUCAUAUUAUGAAAACAUGACGAGGAGAGAAGAGACAGAAUCAACGAGUCGCACAAGAAAGAAGCAUAGAAAAGCACUUCGAAGAUCAAAUUUGGAGAGUUUGAGAACAGAGGAAUCCUCACCCUCGAUGAGAGUUUCUAGGACAGAGAUAGACAAUAUUAAUUAUCUAGUGGAAGGAUCAAAUGAUCAACUAUCUUCUCAAAAUUGUGUGAGAAGAAGAAUCCGAGUGAUCAAUGAUAAUGAUGAUGACUAAGGCUAUGAGGAAUAUUUUGUCUAUUUAGGUAGAAAAUGUGUUUGGGAAUAUCCUUUAACGAGUCACAGAGUGCAACUACAAUGUUACUGUUCUCUCGAUAUUAUGGUUAUCAUUCCUCAAAACUAACGUGGAAAUCUUUUUUAGAAAGUUUUAAAGAUUUGGAAAAAAACGAUAAAGGCACCUUCUAUCUGCCAAAAAGAACAACUUGGAGUAAACUUACAAGCGCAAAA